AUGUUCAUCGGGGGUUUGAACUGGGAGACUACGGAUCAAUCUCUGAAGGACUACUUUUCUCAAUUUGGAGAGGUACAGGAAUGCACUGUGAUGCGAGACAGUGCUACUGGUCGCUCUAGAGGUUUUGGGUUCUUGACUUUCAGAGAUCCGAAGACAGUGAACACUGUCAUGGUCAAGGAGCACUACCUAGAUGGGAAGAUUAUCGAUCCUAAGCGUGCGAUCCCGCGUGACGAGCAAGAGAAGACUAGCAAGAUCUUUGUUGGUGGUGUCAGCCAAGAGGCCAACGAACAUGAUUUCAAAGAGUUCUUUGCUCAGUUUGGCCGCGUCAUCGAUGCCACCCUGAUGAUCGACAAGGAUACUGGUCGUCCCCGUGGCUUCGGAUUUGUGACCUUCGAUAGCGAGGCUGCCGUGGAAGCCGCUCUGUCGGGCCCCUUGGAGAUCUGCGGGAAGCCCAUAGAGGUCAAGAAAGCUCAGCCAAGAGGCAACUUGCGUGAUGAGGAAGACCGCAGGUUCCGCCGCGGCAGGGACGCUUUCCGAGAGGGUGGUCAAAUGGGGGGUGAUGGUUCCCAGCAGCAAGCGGGUGCACCGGGACAGGCCAACAUGGCUGGUGGAUUAACACCACAAAUGAUGGCACAGUACUGGCAAAGGAUGCAGCAGUAUUUUGCUCUGAUGCAACAGCAGAUGGCUGUCGCCGCCGCUCAGGGUCAGGGAAUGGGCGGAAUGGGAAUGGGUGGAAUGAACCCUGCCAUGAUGCAGCAAAUGCAACAAAUGAAGCAGAUGCAACAGAUGCAGAUGGGCAACAAUCAGCCUCAAGGCAGUCUCAGUCCUCCUUCGCAGAGCGCAACUCCUCAAGCCAUGCCGAACAUGAUGAACCCCGCUAUGAUGCAGCAAAUGCAACAGAUGCAGCAGAUGCAGAGCCAAGGGCAGGGCAGCAACGUUGGGGGCAUGCCGGCCCAAAUGGGAAAUGCUAUGGGAGGAGGAGGUGGUGGUGGUGGUGGUAGUAGUGGUAGUGGUGGAGGAACACCAGGCAGUGCUAAUGGAAAUGGGAACUUCACUGGUCCUCGAGGGGGGCCUGGUUAUAACGCCCAGGAACAAAUUGCUUUUGAACAACAAAAGUAUGAGCAGCAGCAGGUACGCCGAGCCAUGGAAAACCGGGCCUUUUCGCCGUACCAGCAGGGCGGGCCCACUUCGUGGGAAGGCAUGUACGAUGAAGUGCCCCAGCCUAACAUUCCUACUGGACCCCAGGCCAUGAAUCGCGCUGGAAGCAUGGGACGCGGACCCACUCCGCAACCUCAAAGCGCUGCCCCGGCGAACGCUCCCACAGGACCCAAGAACGCUGGCAAGCCAGGCGCCAAUUAUCGUGGAGGUGGACGAGGAGGACACCGCGGCUUCCAUCCUUAUGCCCGGGGAUAA